CCCUUCCGAGGCAAACGGGCACGCACUCCCAUCGAGAGCGGGAAGAUCGGCUCUUUUAGCCUCUUCUUGCUUCCCCCCUUUUGCCAAUUGCCUUUACCCUGCCAAUACUCCCCCCUCUUUAGGAUCAUUCGUCCUCCGCAAUUCCCCACCCCGAAGAUCGUUGGUGUGACAUCGGUUCACUUAACAGACCUACCUGCCCUGUCUUCGCAGAUUCGUUUCGGUGCCGUCAAACGUGCAAGACCCGUGACAGGAAAGAAGAGAUCGUCCAGCUGACAACCGACCUUUUUUCUGGGAUCAAGCGAGCAUACACGAGACUAUGCAUAGACCAUUUAUUCGAAACGAAACUAAUCUUCGAUCGACAAUGGAUUAAAGACUAACAUUCGGGUAGCACGCUUCCUGACGCAGUAAACGAGAUGCUCGUUUGAUUAUUCGGUUGGAGAUAGAAGAAUCGAAAGGUUUGACAGUGUUUCUUAGAAGAGGCAUCGCGUUUCGAAUGGAUUGAUCCAGAAUACCCACGUACGAGAGAUCUUCGUGUUUUCGAUAAAGGAUCGAGGGACGUUUGUACAUUUGUUAUCUUCCGUGAGAAUCAGAUCGCAUAAAGAUGGACGAGGGGGAUGUUCAACAAGAAUCGAGGGACAAAGUAGGGAGUUUGAUCUUUUCGCCGCCACCUAUGAAGAAGUCUGACACGAGAGAUAGUAUUUCUUCCGUUGAUAGCGACGUGAGCCUCUCCUUCGACCGAAGAGGCUCGAAAGGGGAGGAAGCUGACAUGUCGGACAGUGGAAGCUCCGAUAAUGAAAAGAAAUCGAAGAACGGAACGAAAGGGCAGAAAAGUUCUGAUCCAGAUUCGGGAGCAGACUCGAUGGAGGAUACCGGUUACAACGCGACGAAAGAUGAGAAUCAAGAAACACCGACCGAAGUGACCACGAUCGACCAGUCCAACGACUUUGUUCCUCCGAAUGACGAAUUAGCUGAGAAAAUAUGUGAUCAAGUCGAAUUCUACUUCUCCGACGAAAAUAUCGUUAAGGAUGCAUUCUUAUUGAAACACGUGAAGAGGAACAAGGAAGGAUACGUAUCUUUGAAACUGAUCUCGAGCUUCAAGAGGGUGAAACACCUCAGCAGGGACUGGAGGGUGGUUGGCGCUGCAUUAACGAAAUCGAAGAAAUUACAAGUGAACCCUCAGGGUACCAAAUUACGUAGGCUCGAUCCCCUGCCACCUUUCGACCAGACCACUCCUUCUAGAACGAUUCUGGCUGCGAGACUUCCCAUUGAGAAAUUGUCGGUCGAAUCUGUGGCGGAGAUUUUUCGACCGUGCGGGGAGAUCGCUCUUAUCAGAGUGCUUCGACCUGGCCAUCCUGCACCAGCUGAGGUGCGACAAGCAAUCGCUAAAAGGCCAGAGUUGGCAUCGAGCGACGAGUGCGCCAUGGUCGAGUUCACUGAUUCAGCGUCCGCUCGUACUGCUUUACAAAUGACCUUCGGCGAUGCCAAGGUGUUCGAGCUGCAACAAUCCAGCGACAAGAAGAGGAAACAGCAACCGGCGAAGAAAAGUGCCGUGACGAGGCUCGCCAAAGAGGAAGCUUACAACUCCUCGAGUUGCGCCAGUGGAUCCGAGGCUGAAGAUGGAAGAGCCAGACAUAAGAAACCUGUUCUAACCAACCACGGUUACCCAAUGUACCACGCUUACCCGGGCCAUCCCUUUCAAGGACCUCCAUCGCCAGAUGCGUGGUUAUCACGCCGAUUGUCAGCGUGCUCCGUGUCCGGUUCCGAGAAUGGCUUCAUUCUACGUCGUUUGUCUUCCUGUUCCGGUUCCAGUUCGGAAACAGGAAACUACGGCAGACGUUACUCCGCCUGUUCCACUGGUUCCGAGACCGGUUACUGUCACCCAGUCUUUCCACCGAGUUACUGUUACCAGGAGAAUCGACGUUUCUCCUGCUGCUCGAGUUCAGGUUCCGAGUGCAAUGGUGCCUGUUGCCACCCUAGUCGUCGCGGAUCCGCGGAUUACGGGCCAUUCUUGAGGAGGUUGUCCACCUGCAGCCGAGACUCAGGCUUCGACGCAGGCACCAGGAGGCUAUCAUUGUGUUCCUCCGGGGCUGAUCAGGGUACUUUCUGUCGACCCAGGAGCAACAGUGGUAUCGCGUUGACGCACUUGCCAGAAAACGUGACGAGGAUGCCUUCUGGUCCGGAUGGCACCCGUGGAUUUGGUCGACCACCCAAAAUGAACGCGAUGUCGCCUCACAUGGCACCCACUUAUUAGAUGCCAUUUACUCGUGAGACUUUCCAUUUUAGAUAGACAUUGACAGUUGUGACGUUCGAUGUACCUGUUGCUUUCAGUUCGUUAUCUGACAUCUACUUACACUACUCGUAAAAUUAUUAAGGAUAAUAUUUGUUCGAAAAUGGCCAUUUUUAAUAUUCUUCGGAACGGACUUUGUAGAUAACGUAUAUACAUCUGUAAGUCGUAAGGACUCAAAGAAUGAUAAAUAAUUAUUUAACACUAGAACUCUCGUAUCAUAGGCAAUCAAUUUGACCCAUGUAUUUUAAACUUUUUUGUUAAAUUAUAUAAUUGUUAAGUAUGGUAUGACGCAAUCUUUGAUGAUCGUUAUUGAAACAGGGAACUAAUUAUACAAUUAUACAUUAUCAAUAGAAUUAUCAAGGGAAUUGAUUUUCUUAUUUUUUAUCUAAUUUAAAAGAUGUUGUAGUAUUUAUGAUAGGUAGACCUCGAUAGUUCUCAUGUUACUCGACAUGGGAUGGGAAAUUUGUGAUAAACGUGCCUGUUCCCUAGGGAAACAGCCUGUGUUUAAUAAUUACUUUAACCAAUGGAUAAAUUUUAUUUUAAUUUAACGAAUUGUUAAAUACGUCAUGAGAUAAAUUUUUGUUGAAUGAUGGCGAUGCAUUUGUGUAGAAUUUUUCGACGUACGACCAAAACGAUGACAGUAGGUUAGUAUGUAUAUUCAGACGAUUAAAGGUUUACCACCUUGACGAUGACUAAACAGACAGAUCUUUACUAUUGUUUUGUAACAAUACUAUACGUUUAACCAAAACUUAUUUUUACCACAACAAUAUAUAGUGUGUGAAACAAAUAAUGUGCUCUAAAACGAAUGUUUCUCUCUUAAAUGCAUUAGAAAUUUAAAAAGUGUUCAACAUUAUAAAA